AUGAGUACUCCAGUAGAAUCUACGAUCGAUUAUUUAGCAGAUCGCACCACCAUUAUCGACUACGGGGACAUGAGCCUCAUCACAAUACCGGGUUGCUCGAAGCUCACUCCAGCAGAAAGAGACGCUGUUGCACUCAAAGCACGGCAACUGCAGGCAGGAAACUCACUCGAAGCCGACAAACUUUUGGCGGCACUGCGAGGGGUGACACCGCCACUAGACGAGAAUGAGGAAAGCGAGGACUCUCGCUCGAGGGAGGCCCAGGCGCGCCGAGAGCUGGAGGAGGAUGGCUGUCCUCCUUGUUACCCGUCUGGCUUCGAGAUUACCCAGCGGGAGCAUCUCCCCGAGGAGUACCGAGCAAUAGUAGACUAUUGGCUGUCAUUCCCAGGUACAGGUGAUGUACCGCUCUGCGCUCAACGGACGGCGUGGCGGAGGUUCCGUGCCUUCCAGCAGACAACCCGGCGACGUUGUCUGAAAACAAAACGUUUCAAUGAGUUUGAGGACGGGCUUAACGCGCGCCGACGAAGGCAUGGACUCGACGACGAUGUUAGCCUCACCAUGGAGCUGGAGCGACAAAGUCAAAUGGAACGCUGGGUCGAGUUUCAGGACUACCAACUUAUGCGCCUCGAGGAGCUGCAAAAGAGUCGAGACGAUCUAGAAAAAGAACUAGAUAUGUUACGAGACUCGGGGGAAGCAACAUCCGCAAAUACCGCCGUCAGUAGGAAAGGCGCGGCCGACGACAUUGCAGACAUCCUGCAACUCUUGGAGAAUGCCGGGCGAGAUUUGACACGACACGAGGUUCUACUACAGUGGAUUGAACAGACGAGGCAGGCAAUGGACCCAGGGCGCCGUCCGACAGCACACAGCCAAGGACACCACGACAAGCAGGACGCCCUACAGUCCGCACUGGGGCCUACCCGGAGGGCUGCCACCGGCCGCGCCCGUCAGAAGCGGCAACCGGAGCCUCGCCCCAUCCUCGGUAAGACGGUUAGGGUCUCGAAGCCCGAUGCGCCACCGAAGCGGAAGCUGCGACCUCAGAAGGCGAGAAAGGCGCCAGCGCCCGACUCUGCCACCACCCAGAACUCGGACGCCGUCCCGCAGCGCUGCACCCCAAACACGCCCAAGUCCCGGGAUGCAAAGAGGCCAAAGACUCGGCCCGCGGCCGAAAACCAGACCCUCCGCCGCCAGCUCCGCCCGCGAAGGGUGGCUAAAACGCAGACCCGGUCUCUAGACAGCGCAGGACCCACGCCGCCUAAACCUGUCAGGAGAUCUGAGCGGAUAUCAAGGGCGCAGAAAGCUAGGUCCUGUAACGAGAUGUCCAAACAUUGA